AUUUCAGUCAAUAUUUUCAUUUUUGUUUCCAACCAGUAGUAUUUUUCUUGUAUUAAAAAUUUGUAACAAAGUACACAAAAUUUAUUAUUCAACGGGGAUCUUUAUAAUUGGCGAAGCAAUGAUUUCAUGGUAGCAUUUAAUAAGAUCCAGAAAAGUGUAAAUAAUUGGAAAACUGAUAGAACCGCUGGCGUAAAUAACCAUUCAUAUAAGCACUGCGAAUUACUAGGAAGUGUGUUAACUGAUUGUGCUCAUACAAAGUUUUCUAAUAAUGAGUGCGGACGGUUCUUCCAUACGCUUCAGCGACCACACAUUGGACAAAGCAACAAAAGCUAAAGUAACUCUAGAAAAUUAUUACAGCAACUUAGUAACUCAGUAUGGAGAACGAAAGCAACGCCUAGCUAAAUUAGAGGCUCAGCUGAAGGAUGAAAGCCUAACGGAGUCGCAAAGGCAAGAGAAAAGGCUACAACAUGCACAGAAGGAAACAGAAUUUUUGCGUCUGAAACGAUUGCGUUUGGGAGUGGAGGACUUCGAAGCACUCAAAGUUAUCGGAAGAGGCGCAUUUGGCGAAGUGCGCCUAGUGCAGAAGAAAGACACAGGGCAUGUGUAUGCUAUGAAAGUGUUGCGAAAAGCAGAUAUGCUUGAAAAGGAACAAGUGGCUCAUGUGCGUGCCGAACGCGAUGUUCUAGUUGAAGCCGACCACCAAUGGGUAGUUAAAAUGUACUACAGCUUUCAGGAUCCUGUGAAUUUAUAUUUAAUUAUGGAGUUCUUACCGGGUGGCGACAUGAUGACACUUCUCAUGAAAAAGGAUACACUCUCAGAAGAAUGUACACAGUUCUACAUUAGUGAAACGGCAUUGGCAAUUGACUCAAUCCACAAAUUGGGAUUCAUUCAUAGAGAUAUAAAGCCCGAUAAUUUGCUACUGGAUGCCCGUGGACACUUAAAGCUUUCUGAUUUCGGACUCUGUACGGGAUUGAAAAAAUCACAUCGCACCGACUUUUACCGGGACCUUUCACAAGCGAAACCAUCCGACUUUAUUGGAACAUGCGCUAGUCCAAUGGAUUCAAAAAGGCGUGCUGAAUCGUGGAAAAGGAACCGUAGAGCUUUGGCAUACAGCACAGUUGGUACCCCCGACUACAUCGCUCCAGAAGUAUUCUUACAAACUGGUUACGGGCCGGCGUGUGACUGGUGGUCAUUAGGCGUAAUAAUGUAUGAAAUGUUAAUGGGUUACCCACCAUUUUGCUCCGAUAAUCCUCAAGAUACAUAUCGAAAAGUGAUGAAUUGGCGGGAAACGUUAAUAUUCCCACCCGAAAUACCCAUAUCUGAGGAAGCAAAAGAUACAAUCGUCAAAUUCUGUUGCGAAGCCGAUCGUCGUCUAGGCUCACAGCGUGGUCUUGAAGAUCUAAAAUCUGUGUCGUUUUUCAGAGGAGUUGAUUGGGAACAUAUCCGAGAACGACCUGCAGCCAUCCCCGUUGAUGUGCGAUCUAUUGAUGACACGUCCAACUUUGACGAAUUCCCCGAUGUUUCACUCGAAAUACCAUCUGCCCCUAUACCUCAAGGCAGCGAAAUAGCCAAGGAUUGGGUGUUCAUUAAUUACACAUUUAAGCGCUUUGAAGUACGAAAUUUGGAAUGAAAUAACUAUCUGCGAACUGCUACGUAGGAAUGCUUUAUUAUAUUUGAAUCAAUGAUUUAAUAUCGAACUUGAAUAUUUUAAGAUUGUAUUUAUUGAGUUUAAUUAGACCAGUGUGCAUAAAUAAUUAACUUUAUUAAUACUUAAUUGUUAUUUCAUAUCCAACCAUACAUGUUAGUGUAGCGGACAGUUUGUGAUGAUCAUUUCAAAUCAUAUUAUAAGUAUUGUUCAAAAAAUGCCUAUUUAUCCAAGUUUUUUAAGUUGUAUUCUAUCGAAAAUCUUUGUUUAUUUUAGAUACAAACAUAAAAACAAUUCUGACUCUCUUAAUAUCCUCUGCAUGGAUUAUUUAAAUGAAAAUACUUCACUAAUUAGUGCGCAAUAUUGAUAACCGUUGAAUAGAUCCAGCAUCAUUUCUUUCAACUAACAAAAUACUAUUUGACUAUGUUUAGCGCGAUCCAAUUGAAUGUAUAAACUUAAUUGAGUAUUUCAUUUACAAAUUCUAGAUAUAUUAAUACGUGUAUUUACUGAUAAAAUAAUAUGGUAUGCACUGCGUACAACCUAAUAUAAAAUAGAGUUUAAUUUGCGCUUUUGAGCUAGAUGUUACGUAUAAAAACGUUAAAAAAUGGAUUCACUAUCGCAAAGAAAUUUGAAUUAUUUUUGGUAAUGCAGAGAAAUAAACAAUAAAAAUAUGAUAACAUAAAUAACGCAAUAAGCAACGAAUAUGAAUUUGCAAAAUAAAAUACUAGUAAUAUUUUUUUAACUUUU